UUUUGUUUUCGUAUGAAGAUGGAUAUUACAAAUGAAUAAGAAACACUCUCCUCUUUUAAAAUAAAUGUCAAGCAGGAAUGAAUUUUUAAUUUAGGACAAGGAUUUUAAUUCCUAAAACAUUUUAGAUUAAGAUUUCCAGAUUUAAAUUUUCUAUAAAAUUUAGAAAUCUUGAAAUGUUUCCUGAAAUAUGAAUCAACGCAAGAAGCAUUUGAGACAAAUAAGUUUAUUAGAAAGUUUUUCGUACUGCAAGAAACAAAAAAUGUCAGAAGUAGAAGCCGAUGAAAAGUCGGAAUUGCGUCACAAAAUGGCUGCUGCUGCUGAAUCCAGGAGAGAAGAGGAGAAGCAUGAUGAAGAUCAAAUAAUUGCUGAAAAUCCAUCUAUAGCUGAUGAUUCCAGUACAGAUAUUGAAGAUGAAAAAUUAAGCGCAACACCUUUUGGAUCACCCCCUAAAUCUCCUGAAAUGUUUGCAAAUGAGGAGGGCAACCAACCAACUAGCUAACUCUUCUGAAAUUUUUACGAAUGAGGAGGCAAUUGACCGACAAGUUAUUUUGGAAACUCCACCAUUCAGUGAAGAAAUAUAUGAAUAUGAUUCUUCUGAUAUGUUUGAAAAGGCUAAAGAAGAUGAUUUUAGUUCUACUUGUUCUACUGAAUGUUGCUCUGAUGAUGAUGAUAAGGAACAACUUUCAUUUCUAAACAGAAGUCCAGAUUGCAAGAUACCUUUGCCAGAAUUAGAGCCAUUGGAAAACCACUCAAUUAUGUUUUCGCCUCACAUUAUUGAAGGUAAAGCACCCCGUCCUUUUCCAAUUUCAUACCAGGACAAAUGGGAUGAGAAUCAUGUUCGCAUGCCUUGUUCACCUCAAAAUAAAUAUCCAGUCACAGAUUUGAAUGGUCACCAAGAAAUAAGAAGCAGAUGGGGAGUAAUUUGCAAAAGUUUAAGUGAAGACAUUGAAUCAUCUCAACACCUUCAGGCAGCAAUCAUGCGAUACAAUCGUCAGUACAUUGGAAAAUGGAACUUUGAUGGUUUACAUUAUUACAUUCGUGAGCAUUUGAAUGAAGAAGAACGCCAAUAUUUGUUUCAGACAUUAUUGCCAGCAAUGAAAAAACUUGCAUUAGCUUUACCUGCAAUUUGUACACAGCCAAUACCAUUGUUGAAAGAAUCCAACAAUCAUUGUAUUACAAUGUCUCAGAAGCAAAUUGGAUGUCUCUUGUCAAAUGCAUUUUUUUGUACAUUUCCUCGUAGAAAUUUGGGAAGCAAAAGACAAAGAUGGAAUCAACCCCAUGAAUUUUCCCGUUAUCCUGAUAUCAACUUCAAUAGGCUAUUUUAUGGAACAAAAAGAGGGAUUCCGCCUGUUUUAGCUGAAAAGCUGAAGUGUUUGUUUAAUUACUUCAAACGAAUCACAACUAAAGAACCCAGUGGUACAGUUUCAUUCCAUCGGCAAUAUAUUGAAGAAAUGCCCAAUUGGGAAGAUUCUGUACGUGGUAUUAGACCUGCUGUUGUUCGAUCCAGUGGCUUUAUUGAAACGGAAGGACAAGGCAUGCUUCAAGUCGAUUUUGCAAAUAAAUUUGUUGGUGGAGGUGUAUUGGGCCAAGGUUGUGUGCAGGAAGAAAUACGUUUCAUUAUAUGUCCUGAGUUGAUAGUAUCACGCCUCUUUGUUGAGCGUUUGGCGCUCACUGAAGCUCUUAUCAUCACUGGUGUAGAACAGUAUAACAAAUACAGUGGCUACUCUGACAGUUUUAAAUGGGAAGGAAAUUUUGAAGAUCCAGUAUCUAGAGACAAGUGGGGCCGAAAAUAUACACAAGUUGUGGCAAUAGAUGCUAAAAGUUUCUCAGACAUAGCUCAGCAGUUUGAACCAUCGUACAUAGAAAGAGAGCUAAAUAAGGCAUAUAGUGGUUUUUAUGAAUAUGCAAAGCCAGAAAACUUAACUGCUAUUGCUACUGGUAAUUGGGGAUGUGGAGCAUUCAAAGGUAAUCCCCAAAUGAAAUUCGUCAUUCAGUUGAUGGCAGCAUCUCAGGUUGGAAGAAGUAUUCUCUACUUCACAUUCGGAAGUAAGCAACUAAAGGAGGACUUAAAGAAUAUUUAUGAUUUUCUGUCAGAGAAAAACCUUAACAUUGGUGAUAUUUGGAGACUUCUUAUGAUGUAUAGUUCAACAGUUAAGGUUGUAGGCAGGAAAAUUAAUCCCACAUUACUUGACUUUUUACAUUUUGUGUUUUCAAGUGAUAGCAAAACCUCUGAAGAUACUGAUGAAGACACAAGAUUAGAUGAUCUAGAAAGUGAUCAAGUUAUCAACGAAAAUGCUAAUGUGACUAAUGAUUCUUCUACAGAUAUAGCAACAGAUGUAGAGCCAACAUGAAAAAAAUAAUGUAUAUUAAUAAAAAAAUUUAUUUAUUCCAAGUCAAAACUUGUAAAAAAAAUAGUUUUAUGAAGUGACAUUUGUCAAAAAUUUUAUUAAA